AUGGAACUUGGAACUUCUUUCAGUGCUUCAGGUGUAAACAAGACAAUGUUUUUAUCGAACCCCAUUACCCAAAAAUCCAACUUUCUUCAAAAUUCUUGGCUAAAUCAAUUGAAUUUUUCGUUUCCAGUAAGAAAAAUCUGUUCUUGUAGAGGAAUAGUUAAAGGGUCUACUAUCAGCUCUUUGAAAACUCAAGAAAAGGUCACAGAGAUGUCUUCUAAUCAUUCUCAAGAUCUAGAACUCUCAAGUUUAACAGCUUUAUGCCCAUUGGAUGGUCGUUAUUGGGGUAAAGUCAAAGAAUUGGCUCCGUUUAUGAGCGAGUAUGGAUUAAUUCGGUUCCGCAUUUUGGUUGAGAUUAAGUGGUUGAUAAAAAUGUCUCAAAUACCUCAAAUUGUUGAAGUUCCAACCUUCUCUGAAGAAGCUCAGACAUUUUUGCAUGACUUGAUUGAUGGAUUUAGUAUGAAUGAUGCCUUGGAAGUUAAGAAGAUCGAGAGAGUCACAAACCAUGAUGUGAAAGCAGUGGAAUACUUCUUGAAACAAAAAUGCCAAUCACAUCCAGAGAUAUCUAAGGUACUCGAGUUUUUUCACUUUGCAUGUACAUCUGAGGACAUUAACAAUCUCGCCCAUGCAUUGAUGCUGAAAGGAGCUUUGAACACGGUCAUCUUGCCAGUCAUGGAUGAAUUGAUUAAAGCAAUUUGUGACAUGGCCACAACACAUUCUUCUGUUCCUAUGCUUUCUCGCACCCAUGGGCAGCCAGCUUCACCGACAACCCUUGGAAAGGAAAUGGCAAUUUUUGCUUAUCGAUUGAGUAGGGAAAGAAAGGAGAUUUCUCAAAUUGAGAUGCUUGGGAAAUUUGCUGGUGCUGUAGGAAACUACAAUGCACAUGUAGCUGCGUAUCCUGAAAUAAACUGGCCAGAAAUUGCAGAGGAGUUUGUCUUGUCACUUGGAUUAGAAUUCAAUCCAUAUGUUCCUCAGAUUGAAACUCAUGACUAUAUGGCCAAACUUUUUCACUCGAUCGUCCAGUUUAACAACAUUUUGGUUGAUUUUGAUAGAGACGUUUGGGGAUACAUUUCUCUGGGUUACUUUAAACAGACAACUAAAGCUGGUGAAAUUGGGUCCUCGACGAUGCCUCACAAAGUAAAUCCAAUUGACUUUGAAAAUAGUGAAGGCAAUCUUGGAGUAGCUAAUGGAGAUUUAUCCCAUUUGAGCACUAAACUACCUAUUUCACGCUGGCAGCGUGAUUUGACAGAUUCAACUGUUCUGAGAAACAUGGGAGUAGGACUAGGGCAUUCUCUUCUUGCUUAUAGAAGUGCAUUACAGGGAAUUCAGAAGCUUCAGGUGAAUGAAGCUGCUCUGAUGGAAGAUUUAGACAAAACAUGGGAGGUUCUUGCUGAACCAAUACAAACGGUGAUGCGAAGGUACGGUGUGCCAGAACCUUAUGAGAAGCUGAAGGAGUUAACCCGAGGAAGAGCGGUGAACAAAGAAAGCAUUAGAGAAUUCAUACAAAAGUUGGACAUACCAGCUGAUGCAAAGACAUCUCUCUUGAACUUAACGCCUCAUACUUACGUUGGAGCAGCUGCAGAAUUGGCUAACAACGUUAACGAGGCCAUAUUUCUGUUGAGUAGUCCAUAUCUUUUGAAAUGAGAGCUGAAGAACCUUGCAGCCCGAUGGCGUAUGGAGCAUACAGUCAACGGGUUCAAACUGAAUCCAAGUAUAGAUUAUAUGUGAAAAGUCACUAAAAUUUCAAGAAGUUCUUGAAUUUUGAUCACCUAAUUUCAGAAGAGAUGCAUUCAGUUGCAAGAACCUAAAUGUUAACUCCGUCAAAUUUAAAUUUUGGAUUCGCUUCUGCUAUCCAUUAUUUGCAGAUGCAGAGUCGUUCGAGAUGUUGCAUUCUGAAGAUAGGGAAAGCAGAACAACAAUAUUUCCAGUUUUCCAUCCAUGGGAAGGUAAACAGUACGAUACGUUAUCUCAUUUUUCGAAAAACUUCAUGUUAUUUAUCUCUGCGCGAUUGGAAGAGAGACUCUAGAUGCUAUCGACAACGAUUAUAUGCUAGGGUGAUACUAUGCACUUGAGAAAAUUAUGUUGUGAUAAGUCAUGUUGGGAUGUUCAUGAAUUUAAAGUACAAUUUUUAUUCUACCUAUCUUUACAUCA